CACCCUAGCUAGCUAGCUAGCUGGAUUCCUGUAUAGCAACUUAGUUCACCAAUAUGAUGUAAUGAUCUCUGCUUCCCUGUCUUGGCACACCCUGAACUUAGAUGUGCGUUACUGUCACUAGCAGACACAGCCAUUGUCCGUGCUACUGUACUGUUUUGAGGAGCAGUAUAUCUGUGCGGUAUUGUCUGGUUCAGUUAUAGUUGUAUUGCUUUUAUACUUCAAAAAAAAAAAGAUUUGCAUGAACACAAGGGCAACGUUGCCUAAUUUAGCUUUAGAUGUGCCUGCUGGUAGCACGGUUUUAUCAGAUUUCUGACAGCCGGCAAUCCUGGUGAUCUUUCUGUUAGCUUAAUUGGAUAACAUAUUAGCACAAUGCCUCCUGUCAACCAUGUUCAGUUAAAUUAGGUGUACUGAACAUGAAAGUGGAAAUGCUACUUGGCAAGGUUAGCCCCGAAAACUCUAGUACCGAACAAGGCCUUAGGUGAAGAACUAGCUAGUCGCGUUGUUUGAAAAUGACGGCUUUUAUAUAUUCAGUAAUCUUGCCAAGUAGCAAUCAGAUUUGAAUUAGCUCAUCGAAUAAGGUGAUCUCUGGCUGCUCCAUUGGAGAUUAAUAACAUUCAAUAAUUGUUUUUUUAUUGAUGCUUACUCUACUUUUUUCAACAUCCAUGAUACCUUUCUUUCUUUAGAUAAGCGUGAUGCAGAAUGCCGCAGCUCGCCGUGAAGCUGAAGCACCUGCUGGCGAUCUGGCCGCUCAAAUGGAGAAGAAUAACAUCUCAAGACAAGCAUUGCAGGGGAUAUAUCUCAAGACGAGGAGGAGCUACAAUAUAAAGGCGAUGCAGAAUGCCGCAGCUCGCCAUGAUAGGCUUAGCGAGUUACCCGAUAACAUCCUACUCGACAUCCUGGAGCGGGCGGACACCCUGGAUGCCUUGAGAACCUGCAUCCUUUCCAAGCGAUUGAUGCGACUCCCCGCCAUGUUCUCGCAUUUCGACAUAAACGUCGGCUCCCUCACGCGGCACCACGACACGGCGUCCCAUGGCAAUUUGACCAUUACUCACCUUGUUCGGUACAACAAUGUUCUGGCCAGUGUCACAGAGAAGAUCCUAAGUGCGAGGAGUCUGAAGAUCCCCACCAUCCACAAGCUGAGGGUCACAUGCUAUCUAAGGCCUGAUGAAUGUCUCCCCAUCACCAGAGCUUUCGCCGACACCAUGGCAACCCACAAGGUCGACAACGCUGAGUUUGUGUCCCUCGUAGAGAAGCCCUUUUCAGAAUGCAAUUUUGGCGAUCUCUUGUGCCAUGCGAAGAGGUUCAAUAUUUGUCUUGGUGAUUGUCCAGCUGCAUUUGCCGGCCUCACGUCCCUAUGGCUAUGCAACAUGAGGUUUCGCGAGCUGGACAUCUCCAACAUGCUCAGCACAUGCAAGCGGUUGAAACACCUGCGCCUCUCGUGCUUUGAUGGAGGAUACCGUUGUGUGCUACUGGUAGAACAUGACCAGCUUGUUGAGCUCCACAUCGAAAAAGGGGAAUUCAAGACAGUCCAUCUCAUUCGUGUCCCAAAACUCCAACGUCUAACUUGUGCUGGUUGGUGCUACCCAGCCCCCCUGGCUUUUGGUUAUGUACCAGAACUUUCAAAGCUAAGUCUUGUAAAAAGGGGUAUUAGUUCAACUUUUGUACUCCAGUUAAGUCAACUCCUUGCUAAUGUCCCCUCGACAAGGGACCUGCAUUUGGAUUUUCAAAGUGGAAAGAUUUGGGUUGUACCAGAAUGUUCUAAACUGCUUACACCUAUGAUUCGCAAACUAGAGAUUGUGAAUCUGGAUAACCUCCCUGAAGGAUGUGAUAACGCUUGGACCAUGUUCAUUCUUGAAGCUGCGCCCAACCUAAGGGAGCUAUGCAUCAGGGUGUGGGAUCAUUGGUGCAAAAUGGUGACAGAACAUGACGAUCAAAGGAAACAUGGAUACUCUGAGAAAGCAAACGUGGAGUGGCAACCUUUAGCACCUGGUUUCAAGCACAAGAAUCUGCUCAAGCUUACCAUCUACGGCUUCCAACCUGAUGAGAACAUGGUGCGAUACGUUAGGAUCAUCAGGGAAGUUGCGGUGAACAUCAAGGAGAUAUUGCUGCAUGACAGGAAGGCAUGUGAGCGCUGUGGGGACUUGGAUCCUAAGACCAAGGUCAUCACUAGAUCUAGAGUCUAUCCUAAUAAUUUGGUAGUAAGACGUAUGAUACCACUAUGAUCUAGCUAGAUUCGUUGUAAGGAGCUCCAUAAUUUAGUACAUGCUGCAUUUGUACAGUUUUAUUUUGUCUUUGAAUCAAAGCUUGUACUAUCUCCUUGUGGUUAGAAUAGUAAAAGUUCGGAUGUAUCUGUUUUACCUUUUAUUGGUUGUAAAUGAAAUGGCUGAGGUAGUUUUUCGAUAAACAAUAUUGACUGAUGUA